UAGUUUGAAGGCAGGUGCCAGGUUUAAGGGCGUGCUUUUGAUCUUUGAACCCACCUCCAAUUGGAAAGUACCAGAGCUAAUUAAGGAUUCCCGGUAGGAGCCAUUGAUAGGGUUAUCACAGAUAUCUGAUGUCUUCAAGGGGCAAUGUGUGCAGUUACACUGACAUUAGUGUGUGUAUGUGCGCGCGCCAGUGAAACCGGAUUUACUACCCAUCUCUCACACACAUUAGCUACUUUUGAUACAAUCUCAGGAUCCACCUCGCCGUGAACUAUUACUAGCCUACAGGCAUAUAGGCAAUGGCAGGCGGUAUGCCUUUUUACUAAAAAUUAGCUAAGGCUACAAGUGCAACUGUAUUUACAAUUGCAUUGUGCAGGUGAUUUUCACAUCAGGCCUAUUCAGGCAAAGCAACUUUGCCUUUGUUUUCCUUUGAAAAUUCUGACCAACGUUCAAAGUUCAGUCUGAAUUGGUUGAUUGCAGUCUAGCUCUUACCACCUGCCGUUUUGCUAGCGAUCUCGACGGUCAAAGGAUGAUGUCAUCCUGUAAAUAACCGGGUGGGGGAGUGCCCGCGCACUCCAGGCGGAGUUUUAAAGACUCCACUUUCAAAACAAGUUUGGGAGGUUUAGGAGCGGUACCGGUGUGUACCAAAAAUUCCCCGAAAACACAUUCAAAAGGAUAAGCCUAGAAGAGAUUUCCACAGCUGACCAGAUGAAACUCACGACACUGACACUGACUGAAGUCACGCAGGAGAAUAUGCAUUGGGAGAAGGUCCUUCGCUUAAAGAAUGGGAAGAUUGAGAGAUUGGAAGGAGGCGUUCAGGCGGCCCUUGCGGGUGCAGGAGAGUUUUCCGAUGAGUCUCUGGACCCUCAGCGCACACGGCAGGCCAUCGCGCAGCUGCAGCAGAAGAUCCUGAAACUGACCGAGCAGCUGCGCAUCGAGCAGACCGCGCGCGAUGAGAAUGUCGCCGAGUACCUCAAGCUGGCCAACAACACCAGCGACAAGCAGCAGAGCGUGCGCAUCAAGCAGGUGUUCGAGAAAAAGAACCAGAAGUCUGCGGGCAGCAUCGCUCAGCUGCAGCGGAAGCUGGAGCACUACCACCGGCGGCUACGCGAGGCCGAGGGUGGCGCCGGGGCAGCGGCGGGGGCCGGCCGGCAGCCCAAGGCGGUGCUGCGCGACAUGCAACAGGGUCUGCGCGACGUGGGCGCCCGCGUGUCCGAGUUCAGCGAGGGCGUGGUGGACAGUGUGCGCGGCGGCCUCACCAGCAUCCAGCAGGUCACCCACCAGGCGGCGUCCAAGCCGCGGGAGAUCGCCUCGCUCCUGAUGGCCUCCCGGCACCGCAGCGGCAGCACCGAGAACCUCCACCAGCUGAGGGACGGGCAGGACAUCGAGACCAACGGCGAGGAGAGCGUGCUGGGUGGCAGCGGGCGCCUGCAGGCCAGCCCCAAGUUCGGCAGCGAGGAGGACUGCUCUAGUGGCACCUCAGGCUCCGCCGGGGCCAACAGCACCACUGGGGGCGCCCCAGGAGGCCCCCCGAGCUCCAAGGGUAACACGCUGGACCGGAGCCAGAACAGUGGCCUGGACAUGCUGCUGCAGGAGGUGCAGGAGCUGAGAGAGACGCAGGGCAGGAUGGAGGAGGCCCUGGACGGACUGAAGAGCCACUACACACGAGACUACACGCUCAUCAUGCAGGGGAUACAGGAGGAGAGGUUCAGGUGUGAACGACUGGAGGAGCAGCUGAAUGACCUGACCGAACUCCACCAGAAUGAGAUCCUAAACCUGAAACAGGAGCUGGCCAGCAUGGAGGAGAAGAUUGCCUAUCAGUCCAAUGAGCGGGCCAGAGACAUACAGGAGGCGCUAGAGGCGUGCCAGACGCGGGUCUCCAAGAUGGAGCUGCAGCAGCAACAGCAGCAGGUGGUGCAGCUGGAGGGCCUGGAGAGUGCGGCGGCGGCGCGGACCCUGCUGGGCAAGCUGAUCAGCGUGCUGCUGGCCCUCAUGGCCGUGCUGCUGGUGUUCGUGUCGGCCGUGGCCAACUGUGUGGUGCCGCUCAUGAGGACGCGGGGCCGCUCGCUCUCCACCCUCCUCUUCCUCAUCUUCCUCGCCUUCAUCUGGAGGAACUGGGACGUGAUGACUGGUCAAACCCAGGCUCGUGUCCACCUGCCCAGAUGAUGUUUGCGCUGCCUGACCGGCAUGUCAUAGCAGCCAUGGCACCUCAUUGGCCAGCCGUAGCCUUUGCAAUGUCGUCCACUCUUCUGUGAGGACAUGGGAUCUGAAGGAGAUGGACCCAAGUGCCUCAGACCCACCUAGCUGAGUUUUCAAAUCUGUUUACACCCGAAGGAGGCAAAACUAGUUUUCUCCUCUGGCACAUUGCAGUGCUUCACUGCUUGUAUUUCCUUAAUUUAAUGUAGAUUGUACUUUUAUUGUAAUUAUUCCUAAUACGAUUAUUUUAUUAUUUUUAUGAUAAUUAUUCAGUUUAAUGUAGCAUGAAGCUUCUGUCAAAAAACAUUUGGCUGAUAGGACAUUUUCUUCCUCAGUGCCUUACUGCCAGAGAUUAAUGUGCUGCCUUCAUGGGGAGUUGUGCCUUUUCAGCCAUGACUGACAGCAAUAGCGGAUCCCUCCCUGUCUGCACUGCCCUAAAUACGGAGACGAAACCUCUCUGAGGACUUUGCUUGCAGGAUUGAAUAGACUAAUAGAGAUGCGGUACUUGAAUGAAGAGUGGCAUUUGGGAGUUGGGGGUGGGUUCUUGGGCUUCCUCACUGUUUUCUCUAGGGAUGAUUCCGUUCCCUUCCAAAUCUUUGAUGUAAAGCAGAUUUUUAUCCAGAAUGAAGUAUUUUGAAGAAUGUUCUUAAUUAAUUUAUAGUGAUGCAUCCAGCUGGUGGGUGUGGUGGUCAGUUGAAGAGAGUAGAUCUGACUGUUAACAGACGUGGGUACGCUGAGGACACACAUGUGUAUGAGAUCCAGAGCAUACAUCUUCAUGUUGAAGGCGUGCUUUUCUGACUGAGCAUGCUGAUGUACACUUUAAUGGCACCAGUAAUAAAUAACAUCACACUCUAAAUUUUAGACUUUGACAGCCCACCUACAGUACUGUAUGUAUCAUGUUAGCAAACUCAAUGCCAAUCUCUGUGGAUAGCUUUGACCCCUGAUCAUUGGUUUGAGUUGAUGCUAGUGUGUUGACUGUGUUAGCAGAGCGCCCCCUGUCCUCUGUCUGUAUACACUGCACUUUACCAGUUCAGUCUGUGCGCUGCGCUGUCACAUCACAUACAGAUACCUGUUAAUUUUGAUGGCUUUCUCUGAACGUUUAUGGAAGGAAUAAAGAGCAUUCCUGACUA